AUGAUGGGGUGUAAGCCUAUGGCAGAUGACAAGGUCGAUCUGGCUAAACACCGGCAGCUAUUCUAUGCACAAGCUCGAUGGGCCUUGUUCGAACUGGGUGCAUCUGCAGAGAUUCUGAACAAGUACAAACCCAUUCAAAAAAAGGAUACACAUACACUUCCGAACAUUUCUCAGCCAAAUGGUCAGGGCCAUAGAAACGAAAAUAUUCCCUGGUUCUGGGGAAUGAAUAUUCAUGGGGAUUCUAUCGAAAGCUUUCAUAUGGAAGAAUUGUACUGUGUAAACUAUCUCUGGGCAAAGGCAAGACAAGAUAGGUGGCUUGAGGAAUUCAAGCUUGUUCCCUGGGAGAUGCAUUGGACUAUGUUGUAUUUCCAGCAUUGGGCCGAGAUGUGGGAUGGUCUGGGGAGGGAAACUACGCCGAGAAAAGGGUGCUAUGCUAGGAGACAGGUGGGAAUGUGGCGGGCCUUUCAGACACAGGCCCUGGCAGACUUUCAACGGUCCGGAGCAAUUUAA